AUGGGUGGAGGUGGAGGUGGCGGAGGAGGUGGUGGAAAGAAGGAUAAAAAGAAGAAAAAGGACAAGAAGAAGAAAGAUAAAUUCCUCACGCCAGAGGAGAGAAGGAUCAAAGAGGAGUCACAAGAUGCAAAGUCAUUCUUCUCAAACGAGAGAACCUUCCUCUCAUGGAUUGGAUUGACAUUCUCGUUGGGCGCCAUUGGUACAGCGAUCAUUACAUUCUUUGGAACUGAAGGUGUAUCAUUGGCGACAGGUCUAUUCUUGUGGAUAACGGCCAUAAUGUUUAUGGGAUACUCUACAGUUCAAUUCCGACGCAGAGGUCAUGCUAUUAGGACCAAGACACAAGGCCCAUUCGACGACCAAAAAGGACCACUUGCCCUCGUGGUCAUGGUGGUGGUCGGUGUAACCAUCUACCUCGUAUUCUUUGUAGCGAUACGACCAGAAGCCAAUGUUAAUUUUGGAAACAAUACAUCAUCAUAG